CGCAUUUUACGCUCCAUGUGAAAGAGGCCGCAUUCUUUUUGCUCAUGUACUAUACAUGUGCAUUCGACUAAAUCCGCUACAUAAUCACGUGUUCCUGUAUUGUUGCACUUACUGCGAUCAUGAUUUGAUGGUCAUCAUCUUAUGAGCGAUUAUUCUUAUGAUAUGAUGAGUAUACCGCUGUGAAAAUGUUCUAAUGCAAUUUUGGGCACCAGAGCAACCCGAAUAAUUAUAUUAUAGAUUUAUUCUACGGGUCAUCGAUGACUAAAGACAAAAAGUUGAUCCUGCAUGCUGUGCACUGUGUGUCGCUGUACUGUAUACCCAAACUGCACCAUACUUUUUAUUCCUUUUGCCAAGUACAACACAUUUAAAGUAGAAACAUAAAGAAAUAUGGCUACCUAUGUCAAUCGCACAAUAUCCAUGGUUGGAGCUGAUAGUCAACAUCGAACAUCAGAUGUUAGAAUUGAUAAUUCUCCUCUACAGAUCUUUGUUAAGGCAAAAAAGAAAAUAAAUGAUAUAUUUGUAGAAAUAGAGGAUUAUGUGGAAGACGCUGUGGGAUUUAUGUCAUCAUUAAAAAAUAAACAUGAUAUUGUAUCUGCUGAUGAAGUAGUGAAAGUCACAGGUUAUGUCGAAAAAGUACAUGCAAUAAAAGAUGUACUCAGAAGGGAUCACAUGAAAGUUGCUUUCUUUGGCAGAACAAGUAAUGGGAAAAGUACUGUAAUUAAUGCAAUGUUACGUGACAAAAUUUUACCUAGUGGCAUAGGACAUACUACAAACUGUUUUCUACAAGUCGAAGGUUCAGACAAUGGAGAAUCAUAUCUUAUUACGGAAGGGUCCACUGAAAAACAGCCCGUGCAGUCUGUUGGGCAAUUAGGUCAUGCUCUCUGCAAAGAAAAAUUAUGCGAAAGUCAUUUAGUAAGAAUAUUCUGGCCAAAGGAGAAGUGUUUGUUAUUGCAGGACGAUGUAGUAUUCGUCGAUAGUCCAGGAGUUGAUGUAACUCCAAAUCUCGACGAAUGGAUUGAUAAGCACUGUUUAGACGCAGAUGUUUUUGUUUUGGUAGCGAAUGCAGAAUCUACAUUGAUGGUCACAGAAAAGAACUUUUUCCAUAAAGUUUCUACAAGAUUAUCGAAACCAAAUAUAUUUAUCCUAAAUAAUCGUUGGGACGCCUCUGCUUCUGAGCCAGAAUUUUUUGAUCAGCUGGUCAAAGAACAAAAGGAGGUGAGAGCACAACAUCAAGAACGUGCGGUCGAUUUUCUAUCUAAGGAGCUCAAAGUAUAUACUCCAAAGGUUGCCGAAGAACGUGUGUUCUUUAUUUCCGCGAAGGAGACUCUUCAAGCUCGUAUACAAGAGCAACGCGGGCAACCUGCUCACAAUGGUGCUCUAGCGGAAGGCUUUCAAAAUCGGUACUUUGAGUUUCAAGAUUUUGAAAGGAAGUUCGAAGAAUGCAUCUCGAAGUCCGCAGUGAAGACCAAGUUCGAGCAGCACUCGGAACGUGGUAAACAUAUCGCUGUUGAGAUACGUCAGGCGUUAGACGAAAUAAUGGCUCGGACGCAACAGAUGCGGAACGAGCAACUGACCGUCAAGAAAGAGGUGCACGACAAAUUGAACUUCACGGAGCAGCAGUUGCUGUUACUGACUCAGGAGAUGAAAGAUAAGAUUAAUCGUAUGGUGGAAGACGUGGAGCAGAAAGUCUCAAAGGCCUUGAACGAGGAAAUCCGACGAUUAGCCGUUCUAGUGGACGAAUUCAGCGUUCCGUUUCACCCAGAGCCGUUGGUCUUGAACGUCUACAAACGAGAACUUCACACACACGUGGAAAACGGCUUAGGAUCGAAUUUGCGAGCCAGACUCAGUACCGCCCUAGCGCUAAAUAUGGAAACUUCGCAACGGGAAAUGACCGACAGGAUGUCGGGCUUGCUGCCCGAGAAUAAGAAACAAAUAUCGCUUAACAUCUUGCCGCGACGAGAGCCGUUCGAGAUAUUGUAUCGGUUGAACUGCGACAAUCUGUGCGCAGACUUUCACGAGGAUCUGGAGUUCCGUUUCUCCUGGGGCUUCACGGCGAUAAUCAAUAGAUUCGUGGGAAAACAGAAUCACAAAUUAGCCAUCACCAAUUAUCCUCAAGAGAUCCCGCCGAGUAUCGCGUCACCCGCGGACAGCAUAGAUUCGGUCAAAUUGAUCUCCAACGCAGCAAACUUCGCACCAAGACCCGACGAUUGGUCCUUUGCUAGUCGGAUAGCCGUCGCGUCUGUCACAUCGCAGGGUACCGGCGGUCUUAUUGUUGCUGGUUUUCUGUUAAAAACGAUAGGUUGGAGGUUGAUAGCGAUAACUUGUGCCAUAUAUGGUACUUUAUAUCUUUAUGAACGUCUAACAUGGACUAACAAAGCGAAGGAGCGUGAAUUCAAGCGACAAUAUGUUGAUCACGCCACCAAGAAGUUACGACUGAUCGUGGACCUUACUUCCUCCAACUGCAGUCAUCAAGUACAACAAGAGCUGUCCAGCACAUUCGCCCGACUGUGUCAUCUGGUGGACGAGACAACGUCCGAGAUGGACAGUGAACUCAAAUCAAUAGCGAGUACUCUACAUAUAUUAGAACAAGCGGCGUCCAGAGCCAAGGUUCUUCGAAAUAAGGCCAAUUAUCUCAUAAACGAACUUGAAUUGUUCGACGCAGCUUAUUUGAAGUCUUUAAACUGAAUUGAAUUAUGUUUUUCACACGAAUCUUCGAAUUCAUAGAAACUAUUAAUAAUGAUAAUUUCUUCAGAAGCAGGAUAAUUACGCGCACGAUCGUGUCAUGUGAAUGUCGAUUGUUAUUCUUGUUUUUUGUAUUAUACUACUAAUAUGAUAAUUAUGCAACGAUUGAAUGAGAGAUAAGCACUCACGUGCAAAUAAAUAUAAAACUGUGUAUUCUCAUCGUACGUUUAGAAUUUGUCACGGUUAUCCAAUUUUCGUAUUCAUACAGGAUAUGACACAUACAUGUAGACCGGCACAAUAGCUUUGAGUAUUUCACAGGAAUGAGAAUUUUUCACUCACUCGCCAUCGUGUUUACAUUACGUUUGUUGAUUGUUCAAUGAAACGACAAUAUAAACUACCGUUAAAAAAGAAGUCAUGAUAUUUAUAAAGCAUAACAUCACAUAUCUAUGGAAAUAAUUGAUGUUUGAUACAUUUUUGUCGUUUUAUCAAGUAACAAAGUCUUUGGCAGGGAUGUAUAGACUUGAUUGAUAGUGAUUGUAAAAUCCUGAUGGCUGUCUAGAGUAUGACAGAACUAUCAUGCCGGUCUAUGUAUGUACAUUAGAUUUAAAACAAUAGCUGAAGUUAUCUAGAUGGGGUCAUAUUAUGUAUUUAAAUGUGCGAUGAUAAUACGAGAUGAAUGGUGUCUCCAUAUUUGAAAUAAUACUAAAGAGACGUUUUUACCUGAUAUGAAAACUCUAGUCUUAGUGCAAGAAUAGGCCACAUUUAUAAUACGUUAUUGACUAACCGUUAGACUGAAUGUACUCUUGGCGUAGGAACAUACAAUUUGGCAUAUAGUACUCUGUGCCAUGAUGCAAUUAAUAGCAAAUUUAGUAGAUAUAUAUACCUUCGCAAUAUGUCUCCUUCCGGAAGCGCUUGAUUGCGAAUGGAAAACUUAGACCACUUAGAAUUGAAUGAAUUUUAUUCAAUCUGUUUGACGAAACUCGAUCAGAUUAUAUUCCAGAUUUUUUGCGAAAGUGUAUCAUUUGAUUUAAUCAGAGGCAGGAAGCAUCAACGCGGCUUUGUCGUUUUAUUAGAUUAUAUUACUUAGGGGAUGUAUGUUACUAUAUUAUGUAAUUAUAAAUAAAUAAUUAACUGUUGAGUAAAUUAAAUUUUCACGGUGCGAUUCUUCGAUCGUAUUCCGCGCGCGAAUUCGUUCACGUUGUUCCACGGUGCGAAUAUUUUAGGUGCUAUUGUUUUAUAAUGACGCGAAUUCUGUAAAUCUUAAUAGGGUUUAACGACCUUAGCGUAUGAAAGUAAAUUGUGAUUUUUCGGUGAGAUUUCGCGUACGAUGCGAGAAAACAAGAGCAAAGAAAUAUUUCGUAUGAAUUGUAUACACGUUAUUAUUAAUAUUAAUUUACAAACACUUCAAUAUUUUCGUUACAUACAAUAGCGAUUGCUUCUCAUUACGCAUCGAGAAGGCAUAUAGGGGGGUAGGAGAGACUUUCGAUCGCUCACCUUGAGAAGCCGAUCAAGAUCGUCGUUACCGCUUUAAU